GAACGGGAGCGCACCAAAGGGGGCGGCGGGGCCGUAAAAGCGGCCGGGGCCGGUGACGGCCACCGGGAGCGGGGACAGCCAGCGGGAGCGGGGACACCGGGAUCGGGAACAGCCAGCGGGAGCGGGGACAGCGGGAGGGGGACGGCGGGAGCGGGGACACGAGCGGCGGCGGUGGCGGCGCGGGGCCGGCAGGGCCGCUCAAGAUGGCGGUGCGGAAGAAGGACGGCGGCCCCAACGUCAAGUACUACGAGGCCUCGGACACCGUCAGCCAGUUCGACAACGUGCGGCUCUGGCUCGGCAAGAACUACAAGAAGUACAUCCAGGCCGAGCCCCCCACCAACAAGUCGCUGUCGAGCCUGGUGGUGCAGCUGCUGCAGUUCCAGGAGGAGGUGUUCGGCAAGCACGUCAGCAACGCGCCCCUCACCAAGCUGCCGAUCAAAUGCUUCCUGGAUUUCAAGGCGGGGGGAGCCCUGUGCCACAUCCUGGCAGCCGCCUAUAAAUUCAAGAGCGACCAAGGAUGGCGGCGUUUCGAUUUCCAGAAUCCCUCGCGCAUGGACCGCAAUGUGGAGAUGUUCAUGACCAUCGAGAAAUCCCUGGUGCAGAACAACUGCCUGGCUCGGCCCAACAUCUUCCUGCACCAGGAGAUCGAGCCCAAACUGCUGGGGAAGCUCAAGGACAUCGUCAAGAGGCACCAGGGCACCGUGACCGAGGACAAGAGCAACGCGUCCCACAUCGUCUGCCCCGUGCCCGGGAACCUGGAGGAAGAGGAGUGGGUCCGGCCCGUCAUGAAGCGUGACAAGCAGGUGCUGCUGCACUGGGGGUACUACCCCGACAGCUAUGACACCUGGAUCCCGGCCAGCGAGAUCGAGGCGUCCGUGGAGGAUCCCCCGACACCGGAGAAGCCCCGGAAGGUCCACGCCAAGUGGAUCCUGGACACGGACACCUUCAACGAGUGGAUGAACGAGGAGGAUUACGAGGUGACGGACGAGAAGAGCCCCGUCACCCGCAGGAAGAAGAUCUCGGCCAAGACACUGACAGACGAGGUGAACAGCCCCGACUCGGACCGGCGGGACAAGAAGGGGGGUAACUACAAGAAGAGGAAGCGCUCGCCCUCGCCCUCGCCCACCCCUGAGGCCAAGAAGAAGAAUGCGAAGAAGGGACCCUCCACCCCCUAUAACAAAUCCAAGCGCGGGCACCGCGAGGAGGAGCAGGAGGACCUGACCAAGGACAUGGACGAGCCCUCGCCCGUCCCCAACGUGGAGGAGGUGACCCUGCCCAAAACAGUGAACACCAAGAAGGACUCGGAGUCGGCGCCCGUCAAGGGGGGCACCAUGACAGACCUGGAUGAGCAGGAAGAUGAGAGCAUGGAGACGGCUGGCAAGGACGAGGAGGAGAACGGCACCGGCAGCAAAGGGGAGCAGGCCAAGAACCCUGACCUGCACGAGGACAACGUGACAGAGCAGACCCACCACAUCAUCAUCCCCAGCUACGCCGCCUGGUUCGACUACAACAGCGUCCACGCCAUCGAGCGCCGCGCCCUGCCCGAGUUCUUCAACGGCAAAAACAAAUCCAAGACCCCCGAAAUAUACCUGGCAUACCGGAACUUCAUGAUCGACACGUACCGGCUGAACCCGCAGGAGUACCUGACCUCCACAGCCUGCCGGCGCAACCUGGCCGGGGACGUCUGUGCCAUCAUGCGGGUCCACGCCUUCCUGGAGCAGUGGGGUCUCAUCAACUACCAGGUGGACGCCGAGAGCCGGCCCACCCCCAUGGGCCCCCCGCCCACCUCGCACUUCCACGUGCUGGCCGACACGCCCUCGGGGCUGGUGCCGCUGCAGCCCAAGACGCCCCAGGGCCGGCAGAGCGACGGCGACGCCAAGACGGGCCGCAAGAGCAAAGAGAUGGAGGAGCUGGUCAGCGAGACGGUGAAGGGCAAGCCGGAGCUGCAGCCCAGCUCGGCCUCGCAGCAGAUGCUGAACUUCCCGGACAAGGGCAAGGAGAAGCCGGCGGACAUGCAGAACUUCGGGCUCCGCACCGACAUGUACACCAAGAAGAACGUCCCCUCCAAGAGCAAAGCGGCCGCCAGCGCCACGCGGGAGUGGACGGAGCAGGAGACGCUGCUGCUGCUGGAGGCCCUGGAGAUGUACAAGGACGACUGGAACAAGGUGUCGGAGCACGUGGGCAGCCGCACGCAGGACGAGUGCAUCCUGCACUUCCUGCGCCUGCCCAUUGAGGAUCCCUACCUGGAGGACUCGGAGGCCUCGCUGGGGCCCCUGGCCUACCAGCCCAUCCCCUUCAGCCAGUCGGGCAACCCCGUCAUGAGCACCGUGGCCUUCCUGGCCUCCGUGGUGGACCCGCGCGUGGCCUCGGCCGCCGCCAAGUCGGCUCUGGAGGAGUUCUCCAAGAUGAAGGAGGAGGUGCCCACGGCGCUGGUGGAGGCCCACGUGCGCAAGGUGGAGGAGGCGGCCAAGGUGACGGGCAAGGCCGACCCCGCCUUCGGGCUGGAGAGCAGCGGCAUCGCCGGCACCGCCUCGGACGAGCCCGAGCGCAUCGAGGAGAGCGGGGCCGAGGAGGCGCGGGCGGAGGCGCAGCCGGCCGAGGAGAAGAAGGAGGCGAAGGAACCCCGGGAUGGCACCGCCGAGGAGGAGGCCAAGGAGAAACCCGGGGAAACCCCCAAGAAGGAGGAGGAGAAGGGCAAGGAGGCGGAGGGCGAGAAGGAGCCCGACAAGGGUGACGGUGACAGCACCGGAGAGCCCGAGAAGGAGAAGGAGGUGAAGGAAGGGCCGGAUGAGGCGCCCAAGGAGCCCCCAGAGCCCGAGGCCGAGCGCAAGGCCAAGGUGGAGCGGGACAUCGGCGAGGGCAACCUGUCCACGGCCGCCGCCGCCGCGCUGGCCGCCGCUGCCGUCAAGGCCAAGCACCUGGCGGCCGUGGAGGAGCGCAAGAUCAAAUCCCUGGUGGCGCUGCUGGUGGAGACGCAGAUGAAGAAGCUGGAGAUCAAACUGCGGCACUUCGAGGAGCUGGAGACCAUCAUGGACCGCGAGCGCGAGGCCCUGGAAUACCAGCGGCAGCAGCUGCUGGCCGACCGCCAGGCGUUCCACAUGGAGCAGCUGAAGUACGCCGAGAUGCGCGCCCGGCAGCAGCACUUCCAGCACCUGCAGGGGGUCUCAGGGGCGGGGGUCUCACAGGCGCUCUCCCCGCACUGA